GGCGGGGGCGGAACCGGCACCGGCACCAGGAUCCGGCCUCGGAGCCAGCGCCGCCGUCACCAUGGGCAACAUCUUCGGGAACCUGCUGAAGAGCCUGAUUGGGAAGAAGGAGAUGCGGAUCCUGAUGGUGGGGCUGGACGCUGCCGGGAAGACCACCAUCCUCUACAAGCUCAAACUGGGCGAGAUCGUCACCACCAUCCCCACCAUCGGGUUCAACGUGGAGACAGUGGAGUACAAGAACAUCAGCUUCACCGUGUGGGAUGUGGGUGGGCAGGACAAGAUCCGGCCCCUCUGGAGGCAUUACUUCCAAAACACCCAGGGGCUGAUCUUCGUGGUGGACAGCAACGACCGGGAGCGGGUGAACGAGGCACGGGAGGAGCUGAUGCGGAUGCUGGCGGAGGAUGAGCUCAGGGACGCCGUCCUCCUCGUCUUUGCCAACAAGCAGGACCUGCCCAACGCCAUGAACGCAGCGGAGAUCACGGACAAGCUGGGGCUGCACUCCCUGCGCCACCGUAACUGGUACAUCCAGGCCACCUGUGCCACCAGCGGGGACGGGCUCUAUGAGGGCCUCGACUGGCUUGCCAACCAGCUCAAGAACAAGAAGUGAAGGGGGGAUCCCCCUGUGCCCCCCCUGGGCCAUGCCAGGGCCCCCCCCGGCCGCCCCCUCCCUGCCCCGGUUGGGUUUUGCUUUCUUCUGGCACCGGUUGCUGUGGGGUUUUUCGCCUUUUUUUGGGGUCCCCCUGGUUCCCCUCGGAUCUCGUGUGUGCGUGCGUGGAAUUAGAGCUCUAUAUAAC